AUGCACACCGCGGAUGCCCUUGGUAUCCGUCUCAAUUCAAGUCUCCAAACUACUACCUUUGCAAAUCAGUCAUCCAAGCCUUUCUUCAGACAACAUACCCACUUCUCUGAAUGGAAUAGUAUUUCUUCUAAGCAGCCUGAAUCCUUUCCUGAAUCGACUGAACCAGCUGAGCCUUUCUCUGGGCAGCCUGAAUCAUCUUCAGGCAACAUACCUAUCAGCCCGCCACUUACACCAUCUCAAAAUCAAAACAACAGCAAACCAAGUGGUUUGCUGUUCAGAUAUUGGUCCUCUAAAACUAAUGGCCUCAACAGCUCCUCUCGCUUUGUUGCUGGUCUAUGGUCUGAACAGCCACAGAGUAUACCCUCUCCAAAUUACGAUUUGCGUGUUAUUCAUUCUAUGGCUCGCACCCAUUUAUCCAGAUACCCAAUUGAUUCCCCUUUUAUCUCAUUUUUUGAUACCCCUUUAUCACCUCUUCAACGAGCCUUGCACGAGGAUGAUGGAAUGUUAACCGUAGUUGACAUCUCAUCCUUUGACCAAAGCCGAAUAUUUUCUGCUGUGGAUAUUCUCAAGGAUAAACCCUUGAGCUCUGAGGUUACUACUCGUGGAUAUGCUGGCUACAGUGAAUUCUUAAUCUGGGGCGAUGUUUCUAGCCAAUAUAUUAUUUGCUCUGUCCGCGCAAAUGAUUUGCUUAAGUUGAAAACCUCGACUGUUGAUUUUCUAAGUAUCUGCGACAUUAAGUCCUUUGACUCUACUUCUGGAGCUCUGAAAGCCCAAUUGAGAAAGAAGCAAAUUCCCCUGGAUAAAAAGACUGGCAUGUUUCUCGGGAAAUUUCUCCGCCGGGCCAAAUUUCCCCAGCAACAUGUCAAUGCUCUAGCCGUCAAAAUUGCCUGUAGUUGGCGUUUUAAACCUGUUUCUGAUGACGACCAUGAUCGAUGCUCCUUAUUUCUGGAGGGUGUUCAAGCUGCAUAUAGACGUCCCCGGGUACCUCAGAGCACCAGCAAUGCGUAUCAAGUGCCGAAGCCGCCCUCAGUUCCUGCCUUUUCCGCGCCUUCCACGCCCGUCAAACCCCGAAAAUUCUCACCGCCAAAACAGAAAUCUGUCGAUAAACGUGAAUGGGUGAUAAUUGACUCAGACUCCGACAGCAAUUGGGGUUCUGGUGAGGAUGACUGGCCUGGUGCAACAGAAAAUGAGACUCCUUUGGAAGAAAAUGAUCUCUUUGCUAUAAAUCGGGCUCGUGUCAGAGCAUUUAUGGCGUCUUGA